AUGAAAAAAGAGAAAGAAUCAAGUAACUGGGCGGAGCUUCCGUCGGAACUGACGGUAUUGAUUUUCCUCCGGCUUAGCAUGUUUGAGAUAUUGGUAAACGCUCAGAAAGUGUGCAAAUCAUGGCAUCGCGUCUCUAAGGAUCCCUCGGUUUGGAGGAAAAUCGACAUUGGAUUCUGUAAACAAGGUUACAAGUUUGAUAGUAUGUGUCGCCACGCCAUUGACCGCAGCCAGGGCGGUUUGGUCGAAAUCAACCUUGGAAACUGCUGCUCUGAUUCUCUCCUCUCCUACAUCGCUGACAGAUCAACUAAUCUGAGAAGCCUUGGAUUUAAAAUGUACUACCGAGUGACAAACGAGGGACUUGAGAACGCAGUCGCAAAACUUCUAUCUCUUGAAGAGCUUGCGGUCACACACCCAAUGGGAAGGUUGAAUUUGAAAGCUAUAGGCUUUUCUUGCCCAAAGCUAAAGACAUUGAAACUAAUCUUCUCAGGUUUCGAGCCUACUUCUACUUCGAUUAGACCUGAAAAUCGUGAUGCCAUUGAAAUCGCGGAGAGCAUGCCCGAGCUACGCCACCUCCAGCUUCUUGGAAACGGACUAACUAACGUUGGGUUAAACGCCAUACUUGACAAUUGUUCUCACUCGGAACACCUUGAUUUACGCCACUGUAUAAACAUUAACCUUGUCGGGGAUCUCGAGAAGCGUUGUUCCGAAAAGAUCAAAGUUUUGAGACGUCCGCAUGAUUCAACCUAUGAUUGUCCAUUUAGUAUCGAUGAUAUUGAUUCAGAGGAUGACUUGGGCUUAGUAUGUGAUGACAACGACUACAACGACGAUAGCGACAUUGAGGUAGAUUAUGACCAUCUGGCUGGAAGGGUGACUGCGGUGGUCUUCUUCUGA